AUGUUCGACGGCAAGCCCAAGAUCAAGACGCGCACCGUCACCAUCCUGAAGAAAGUCGCGCCGCCGGCCCCGCACACCCCGUCGCGGCCCAGCAGCGCCGCGCGCCCGUCGGCGACCCGCUACCAGCUCUCGUCGGCGGCGCAGCGCCCGCGGCCUGCGCGCGAGUCGCCCGCCGUCUCCAACAUCCGCAAGCGCAAGGUGUCGCCCAGCACGCCGCCGCUGUGGGCCAGCAGCGACUCCGAGAGCGAUGCGGAUAGCGACCGCCUCGCCGUCGCGGGCGCGAGCAAGCGCCUGAAGAGCAGUAGUAUUGAGCCCGCCAGCAGCAAUCGCCAGCUCGAGCCCGACCCGAACCGGCGCAUACGGAUACGGUGGGACGCGGAGAGGACCAACGGGCAGAAGAAUGGAACAGAUGGGCAGAAAAACGGAACAGACGGGCACACAGGGACAGGCGGCGACCGUCUGCGGCGCGGCAGCCUCACACACGGCCUGCUCAUGACAAGAGGCGAGUUCGCGAAAAACUACCGCCCUGCCUGGCCCGGGCCAAACAAACACCCCAUCCUCGAGCUGCAGUACCCCAGCCCGCUGCCGCCCGAGUCGUUCGAAGCCAAAGUCCCAACCGACUCGUCCGAAUACAACCCGCUCGGCGACAUCCAGUUCAGCAUCGAGGAAAUCAUUGCGCACUACCUGCCCGCCGACCUCUCCGCCGAACUCUCCUCCGACGUCACCGGCCCCGUCCGCAUCCUCAAGCGCGCCGCCGCCAGCGGCUCCUUCACCGACUACGCCCUCGAGCUAUCCCGCUUCAACGCCCUGGUCCGCGCCAAAGUCGCCGACGGCUCCAUCGCCCGCACCCUCGACGCGCUCCCCGCGCUGCCCCUCUCCCUCGUCAAGCACAUGACCCAGCAAACAUACUCCCGCAUCGUGUCCCCCCAAUCCCACAAGCUGCGCCGCGUCAAGGGCAAGGAGACCACCUACGGCGAGCUGCUCCCGAUCUUCAUCCACCGCGUGUUCGCCCAGACACGCCUCGCGUCGCACCACACAUUCGUGGACCUGGGCUCCGGCGUCGGCAACGUCGUGCUGCAGUCCGCGCUGCAGACCGGCGCGGCCUCGUACGGCAUCGAGAUCAUGCCGCUCGCCGCCGCGCUCGCGUCCCAGCAGGCCGCCGAGCUGCGCGCCCGCGCCCGCCUGUGGCACAUAGCCACGGGCCCGAUGACGCUGCUGCACGGCAGUUUCCUCGAGAGCCCGGCCAUCGACAAGGUGCUUGCGCGCGCCGACGUCGUGCUCGUCAACAACAAGGUGUUUGGCGAGGCGCUGAACAAUGCGCUGCUGCAGAAGUUCCUGGACUUGAAGAUCGGGGCCCGCGUGGUUAGUCUGGAGAGCUUUGGCGCGGGGGGCAGGGGCGGGGUCAGGGGCGAACAGAGUAUUGCGGGGUUGUUUGAGGAGGAGCGGUUUGAGAGCGGGACGGACUGUGUGAGUUGGGCGGGGGAGAGCGUGGAGUACUUUAUUGCUACCAAGGUGAGGUAG